CACGGGGCAUCCGCGACAAUCGUAGUCGGUGCCGGCAUGGUCCCGGCCGCCUUUGGCCCCAUUGCCGCCAGCUACGGCGUCACGCACCAGCAGGCCAGCUACCUCACCACCUCGUACACGCUCCUCGGCGGCGUGACGCCCCUGCUCAUCACGCCCUUUGUCAAUCUGUACGGCAGACGCCCAGCUUACCUGAUCUUCACGCUGAUUGCUAUUGGCGCCAACAUUGGUUCGGCGUAUGCGCCGUCGUACGGCACGCAGAUUCUCACGAGAUGCAUCGUCGGUAUCGGCGCCAGCGUCGCUCUCGCCAUUGGAGGUGCCACGAUCUGCGACAUGUUCUUCCAGGGAGAGCGCGGAAAGUACAUUGGCUUCUACGCCCUCGCCCUGACCAACGGCCCUCACUUUGGCCCCAUCGCCGGCGGCUUCAUUGCCAAGGACCAAGGCUGGCGCUGGAUCUUCAAGGUCAACGCCAUCAUGAUGGGCGCCGUGCUGGCCCUCUACCUCGUGUCCUUCCCCGAGACGCUCUUCUCGCGGACCGAGUUCAGCGCGCUCGAGAACCGCUCCUACUGGCAGCGCCUGGCCUUUCGCGGCAAGGUCAUUGACCGCAAGCUCAAGGGGUCCGACUUUCUAGCCAACUUCAAGAUGCUCAAGUACGCCGCCGUGGUGCUGCCGUGCGUCUACUACAUGACGACCAACACGUACGGCUCCAUCGUCUUCGUGCUGACGGCGUCGAGCAUCUCGGAGCGCCUGUACCACUUCGACACGGCGCAGAACGGCUUGCUGCUCGGCGUGCCGCUGACGCUGGGCUGCAUCAUGGGCGAGUGCUGCACGGGCUGGAUCUCGGACUGGCUCAUCAACCGCUACGCGCGCCGGCACGAUGGCUACCGCAAGCCCGAGGCCCGUCUGCAUCUCGCGCCCCUGGGCCUGUUCCUGCCGGCCGGCCUCAUCAUCCACGGCGUCUCCGUCGCGAACCACGCGCCCUGGAUCGCCCUCGCCGUCGGCAUGACGGUCGCCUCGAUCGGCGUCCAGGCCGGCACCACGCUGACCUACUCGUACAUUUCCGACUGCUACAAGCCGCAGGCCGCCGAGGUGUCGACCAUUAUCAACCUGUUCCGGCAGAUCUUUGCGUUU